UCGGAGCAGCCCUGCGUGACGUGCGCCGUGUCGAAGCGCUCGCUGUCGUACGCGCAGGUGCGCGAGGCGUCGCGACGCUGGGCGCUGGCGCUGGCCUCGCAGCUCCGCCUCCGCCCGGGCCACGUGGUGGCCCUGCUGCUGCCCAACAUGCCCGAGUACCUGCCCGCCAUCCAGGGAGCGCUGCUGGCCGGGCUGAGCGUGACGAUGGCCAACCCGCUGUACACGGCCGAGGAGCUGCGCCGCCAGUUCGGGGACGCGGGGGCGCGCGUCGUGGCCACGGUGCCUGCGCUGGCCGCCACCGCGCGCGCUGCCGUCGGCCCCGCCACGCCGAUCGCGCUGCUGGAGGCGGCGGGGGCGGAGGCUGCGGCUGCGCUCCCGGAGGGCGACCCGGACGCCGUGGCGGCGCUGCCGUACAGCUCGGGCACCACGGGCCUGCCCAAGGGCGUCAUGCUCACGCACCGCAACCUCGUCGCCAACAUCGAGUGCAUGAGCGUGCCCCAGCUGCGACACCCGACGCUGCUGGCGGUGGUGCCGAGCCUGCUGCAGUUCCUGGCGGUGCACCCGGCCGUGACGCGCGAGAUGCUGCAGUCGGUGCGCGUGGUGGUGUCGGGCGCGGCGCCGGCCACUGAGGCGCUGCUCAACAAGUUCCGCCUCAAGAGCGGACGCGACGACCUCGUCGUCUCGCAAGGGUACGGCAUGACGGAGACGGCGCCGGUGACGCUGCUAGUGCCGCUGGCCGUGCGGCGCGAGAAGGAGACGUCCAUCGGCCGCGUCAUCCCCAACACGCGCGCGCGCGUGCUCAGGGCGGAUGGCGCCGACGCCGCGCCGCGGGAGCACGGGGAGCUGCUCGUCACCGGGCCGCAGCUCAUGAAGGGAUACCUUAACAAUGAGAAAGCAACGCAGGAGACAAUUGACGAAGAGGGAUGGCUGCACACUGGUGACGUAGUCUAUUACGACGAAGAAAACUACUUCUAUAUUGUGGACCGAACGAAAGAACUUAUCAAGGUGAAGGGUAACCAGGUGUCGCCAACCGAACUAGAAAACCUUGUUAUGGAACUACCAGAAGUAGCAGAUUGUGCUGUUGUUGGAAUUCCCGAUGACAGACAUGACGAAUUGCCCAGGGCAUUUGUUGUUCUUCAUCCUAACAAGAAAUUGUCUCAAGAACAAAUCAAGAAACAUAUUGAACCUAGAGUGGUGAAAUAUAAGCGUCUUGAGGGAGGUGUAAUAUUUUUGGAUAAAAUCCCACGUAAUCCUUCAGGAAAGAUCCUCCGACAAGUUCUGAAAGCAUGGAAGCCUGAACAAUAGCAAUUUUAAACACUUACUACAUUAUGUAUUUGUUGGGCACAUAUAUGGCAAAUAUGUAGCCAGGAAUAUUUUAAGUGCGUGUGACUCAUUGAAUGUGUUUUUUGAAUACAUGUUGAAUUUUGUUCACAUGUUAUUGGCAUGUUUGAAUUCAAAGAGCUAUGUGUAUGAGUGUGUGUGUGAAUGAUAAUCUCAUUUAUGUCACUACUGCACACUUUUGAUACCUAAAAGAGGGGAAAAUCUUCCAAUAGCCAAGGUAUUGUGUGUGUGAUUGCUGCAUCAAAAGCAGAAACAAAUAAUUUCUCUUUUACGGUGAGAGAAUCUAUAUAAAGUGAAGUCUUUUGUUUAUAUAAAAUAUUCUUGAAAUAUUAAUAUUGUCAUUUUGUUUACUGUGUAUAAAAUGUUUUUGUAUGAAAUAAAAAGUAUAUUUCUGUAAAACAUGUGUCCUUGAUGUAAGCUGAUAUUGCUAUUUUAUAUGGAAAAUAAUAAUUUUUCAUAUAGAAUAGUAAUAAGUCAACAAGUAGCAGUAAUCCUGUAUAUAUAUACUCUAACUGAUUAUUCUAAUGAUCAUGUAGGUAAACAAUCCAGAUUAGUUAUAUACUUGACUGUUAUAAAAUUUGAAGUUAUUGGUAUUUUCUGCAAUUGAGAAAAAUUUUAAAAUGUUUCCAUUUCUUUAAAUUUUUUUAAUAUUUUUUUCUUCUCACCAUAGUCCAAUGUUUGCCAACUAAAGAAGCUUGUGAGCAACCAUACCUUUCAAUCCUAAUGUAAGCUACCAAGAAAUUAAGUCAAAAAAAUAUAUAAUUUUUUUUCAAAUCUUAACAUUUGUUUAUUGUCUAUAAACAUACAUUUGUAUUAAAUAUGAAACAAAUUUUAAUACAACUGUACAAAAGAAAAAUAAAUUGAAAUGGAAUUGCAUGUUAAAAAAAUUGAAAUACAGUUACUAAUAGAUUAUAAGAACAGAUUUUUUAACAGACU